AAUGACUGAAGAAGCAAAGCUUCGAAGAGAUAAAGUCUCGAGCCCCCAGCUCAUCUCUGACUCACCUAUUAUCAGAAUUAAUCCCGAUGAAGAAUUGGACCCACUUUUGCGUGAUUGGCUUAUGAAUCAGAAUGAAUGGCAAAAAUUUACUUCAUCACCAAAAAAUAUUCCACGAAUUAGUUAUGAUAUCGCCAGUAGAUUUAAAUAUGCCAUUCCACUCACUUCUAAAAAUACAGAUCAGACUCAAGUCCAAGUGGCUAGACUACAGAGAGAAAUUAAAGCAUCUGAGGAUGAAAAUGCAUUAUCACUUAUGGCAUACAACAAUGAAAGGCAAGCACGACACAAUUUAAAGGAGUGCCAAGAUCACGGUAAAGCACUCGAUUUCAAACUCAGUCCCAUAGAAAAGGCAAAAGAUAAACAGUUAUUGCGAAAACAUCUCACCGAAUGGGAGUAUAAGACACUAGAAGCAAAAGGCUUAACGAUUAAAGUUACAAUGCCUAAUUCACUUUGCCCAUAUAAUCUAGGUUCAGAAUUGAAAAGUUGA